UCAGGGGCAGUAGGGAGAGCCUGGGAAGAGGGGCUGGCCUGUUUAAAGUGACGCGCUGCCCUAUAGAAGGCGAUGCUGUAGCCCUGGGCCCAGUUUAAGCUCUGAAAAGGAAAGUCGAGAAGAAAGGAUUGAGGGAGACAAUACAGAAAUAAGCGCGGAGGCUGCAAUGGAUUGCGUUCGAAGAGUUUGCUCAUUGUUUCUGAUCCUACCGGUCCUGAUUUUAACCUCCCAAUUUCGCGUUUGUAAAAGUGAAACUCGGAAAAAUCCGGUUCCGAAAGAAAAUCUCUUGGUUUUCACUGUUGCCACAAAAGAAACAGAUGGCUUCAUGCGAUUCAUGAGAUCUGCAAACUUCUUCAAUUACACGGUUAAGGUGUUGGGUUUGGGUGAGGAGUGGACAGGUGGAGACGUGACAAAAUCCUCAGGAGGCGGGCAGAAAGUACGGAUUCUGAAGCAAGCCUUGAAAUCAUAUGCCACAGAGAAGGAACUGGUUAUUCUGUUUGUGGACAGCUAUGAUGUGAUAUUUGCUUCAGGGCCUGAAGAAUUACUAAAGAAGUUUCAUCAGGCUAAGCACAAUGUGGUCUUUUCUGCUGAGGCUUUUAUUUGGCCCAAUCACCAUCUUGAAGUCCAGUACCCUCAUGUAAGGGAGGGCAAACGAUUCCUCAAUUCCGGAGGAUUUAUUGGCUUUGCUCCGAAUAUUUACGAACUUGUGGAACCCUGGGAUCUAGAGGACAAGCAUGAUGAUCAACUCUUUUACACAAAAACAUAUCUGGAUCCGAAGAAGAGGGCAAGUUUGAAUAUUACCUUGGACCACAAAUGUCGGAUAUUCCAGAAUUUAAAUGGAGCACUUGAUGAAGUGGUUCUGAAGUUUGAAGAUAAGCGAGUAAGAGCACGAAACAUGGAGUAUAAUUCAUUGCCAGUCAUCAUCCAUGGAAAUGGUCCCACAAAGAUGCAGCUGAACUAUAUGGGGAACUACAUUCCGAAGGUCUGGACCUUUGAAACUGGCUGCACAGAAUGUGAUAAAGACACAAUAAGUUUAGCAGAAAAGAAGGACAGUGAAUUCCCUACUGUGUUCAUUGGAAUCUUCAUUGAGCAGCUGACACCCUUUGUAGAGGAUUUCUUUGAGCGUUUAGUGAAUUUGAGUUAUCCAAAGAAGCAACUCCAAAUCUUCAUUCACAAUACACAAAACCACCAUGAGCAGCAUGUGUGGCAGUUUGUGGAGGAACAUGGGGACAAGUACCAGACUGUGAAAGUAGUUGGACCUGAUGAGGAGAUUGCCAAUGCAGAUGCUCGCAACAUGGGGAUUGACCUGUGCCGGCAAGAUGUGACAUGUGAUUAUUACUUCAGUGUUGACGUUGAAGUUGUACUACUGAAUCAUGACAUCCUGAAACUCCUCAUUGAACAGAACAGACCAAUACUGGCACCUCUGGUCAGUCGCCACAAGAAGCUGUGGUCUAACUUCUGGGGGGCACUUGAUGUUGAUGGAUAUUAUGCCCGAUCAGAGGAUUAUGUGGAUAUUGUUCAGCAACGCAGAAUUGGCCUCUGGAAUGUUCCAUACAUCUCCAGUGUAUACCUAAUCCAAGGCACUUUGCUUCAAUCGGUCCUAACUGAGAAAGAUCUCUACCAUGCUGGCAGCUUGGACACAGACAUGGCUUUCUGUCACAAUAUCAGGGAACAGGGAAUCUUCAUGUACAUCACCAACAGGCAUGAAUUUGGACGCAUUCUCUCCGUGGCAAAUUAUCAUACUGAUCACCUGCACAAUGACCUGUGGCAGAUCUCUGAAAACCCACAGGAUUGGGAAGACAAGUACAUUCAUGAGAACUACAGCUCAAUAAUGGAAAACAAGAUCCUUCUACAGCCUUGUCCAGACGUAUACUGGUUCCCUAUUUUCACUGAACGAGCCUGUGAUGACAUUGUUGAGGAGAUGGAGCAUUAUGGACAGUGGUCAACUGGAGACAAUAAGGACAUACGUAUUCAGGGUGGAUAUGAAAAUGUGCCAACAAUUGAUAUUCACAUGAAUCAGAUUGGAUAUGAGAAAGAAUGGCAGAAGUUUUUAAGAGAAUAUAUUGCACCUUUAACAGAAAAGAUCUACCCAGGCUACUACACCAAGGCGUUCUCGUUUCUGAACUUUGUAGUGAGAUACAAACCCGAGGAGCAGCCCUCGCUUGAACCCCACCAUGAUGCCUCAACCUUCACUAUUAACGUAGCUCUAAACAGGGCAGGAGUUGAUUAUGAGGCUCUCUUUGACCUGGCCUUUGUAGUUAGAUAUAAACCUGAUGAACAGCCAUCUUUAAUGCCACAUCAUGAUGCUUCUACUUUUACUGUAAACAUUGCACUCAACAAGGUUGGAGUUGACUAUCAGGGAGGUGGCUGCAGGUUCAUCAGGUAUAACUGUUCCAUCCAGGCUCCUCGGAAGGGCUGGGCCCUCAUGCAUCCAGGGCGAUUGACCCAUUACCACGAGGGUCUUCCAACGACCAGUGGCACAAGAUACAUCGCUGUCUCUUUUGUUGACCCUUAAUUAAAGUGCUUAGAAUCUGAGUGCAUGCAGCGGAAACUGUUACAGACUGUUUGUGACAUACCGCAAUUUGACCUAAUUCAGAAUAUUGCAGCAAGGAUGGCCCAUAUUCCUACUUUGUAUAUAAUGGUUUAAAGAAUUCCCCAAGUGCUUAGUAUGAAGAGAUAGUUACACCAGGUGCAACUGUGUCAGUUGUGAAGUUAGGCUGAGGUUUAGUCAAGUCCAAAACAACAUGUAUCUAACUUGUAGGUUCUAAAGAUAAAGCACAGCCCCCUCCCUUUAAUAAUGGGACAAUAAGUAAUCCACAGAUUUUAAAGUUACAGUGCUACCCCAUUGCAUAUUAUGCAGACCCCAUGAAACCUAGAUGCUGGAGGUACCUGGCUAUUCAAUUCCAUUUUAGCUUGAAAUGGUUGGAUACAGUAACUUCCUGCGUAAAUCGGGCUCUGGCUCUUUUCGAAUCCUGGAGUUCAAAGUACUCCCAUUCCUUCACAGCCAGGGUAACAGAGAGGUUACUGUGACCGAAUCUCUGCCCUGUGUCAGGUUAAACCCACUGGAUAUGUGCAUGCAUGUUUUGUGGUUUGGGACAGGAUGGUUUUGUCAGUAUUGGUUUAAUUAUCUGCCAAUACUCUCACAUGUGGAACAGAAAUGCCAGUGCCCUUUGCAAAAGAAGCAAGUUAAAGAUGGAAAAACACACAAUAAAGUUCAAUCAAUAAGCUUUGUAGGAAGGGAUGGAGAGGAGAUUGAGUUGUGAAUCACACUCACUCCCAAACUGACUGGUUGUAGGAAUUUCAAAAUUGGAACUAAGUGGUAAUCAGAGAAUUGAGGAGAAAUUUCUUCAGAGUCUGAAAAUACAGUACCACUGAAAGAGCUUAAAGGGAAGGAAUUUACUUGAGCAAUGAAGUUUAGAAGGGCUAGGAGAAAGGAUAAGGAGUUGGCUGAGGGCUGCUCCUGCCUUUAAGAGAUAUCCUAACUCCUGCUAGUUGUAUGUUCACUAGAAGCUUUCAGUAUUCACGCCUUGGAGAACAAAGCUGAGGAGUGUGUCUCAGUAUUAACACAGAUUGAGAAUAAAUUGAGCAUUUCAUAUAUCCUGCUACAGAUUUCACUUUAUCUUUACUAGUAUAUCUCCAGCCUAGGUGGCAUUUAUGGCAAUUGGAAACUCACAAACUGUCACUGCCCCUUUUGGCAUUUUGUCCCCAGCAUUUCUCAUUAUAAAGACCAAUCUUUUUUUUGUCUCAGAAUGUGUCAAGAAUAGAGUUGAACCAUCAUGUCCCAAGAAAUACAAACAUCUCCCUGCUGUGCUUACAGCUCUGAUUUCAUGCAUUGAACCCACAGUGUGACUGAAUAGUAUUAGCAAUACUGCAAAUGCCCUUCAGACUACCAUUAUAGAGUCGUAAAGCACAGAACCAGACCCUUCAUUCCAAUUUAUCCAUGCCGACCAGUUUCCCAAAUUAAACUAGUCCCACUUGCUUGCAUUUGGCCCAUAUUCAUCUAAACCU